UUCAAUUCACAACAUUUUGGAAAGAUGCCUCGGCCACACUGGUCUGUGCUGGUCUUCGGGGACUCAUGGGCAGAGUACAUGUACCCAACUUGGGCGCAGGUUUUAGGCCGGAGACUUGGUGCCACCGUCCACAGUUUUGCUCAAGCAGGCUCAAUGUGUGCUGAUCUUCGAAGCCAAGCCCAGCGAGCAAUCACCAGUCCACAAGUUUCCAAAGCACCUGGCGGUUUGCUUCCAGCAGAAACCUUGGUGGUUGUUCACACGUGCGGAAAUGAUUUCAUCAUGAAGAUGGCAGAGGCAUUCAUGGGCGGCGGUCUUGGCAGCAUGUUCGGAGGAGGCAAUAUUUCUGGCAUGGCGACACCAGAGAUGCUGCAGCCAAAUCCUGGUGUGCGGGAAGUUGUAGUCAUCAAAGAAUUCCUGGAGACCAUGCAUAGAGCAGGAGCCAGGAACUUUCUGGUAUCUGGAGUUCCAAUCUUCCUGGACAUGCCCGUCUUCAAUAUGGCAAUGCCCGUUAUUACGGCCAUGGUGAAUUCGGGAAAGCUAGAGGCGCUCGGCGUCAGCCCUGGUGACCCACCACGGCUGGCGGUGGAAGUCCAGGCAAUCGCUUUACACGAUCUAUGGGAAGAAAUGGUGCAGGAGUUCAACGGCAAGCACUCAGAGAGUACUUGUGUCUUUUUUGAUGAGGUUGCUGCUCUGGAGCGCUUACGUUUGUCCUUUGGACCAGCAGUGUUUGACAGAUCCAUGUGGGAUUUUAGCAUGUUUCAUCCAACUGCAUGGGGUCACGAGCAGCUUGCCAUAGAGGCCCACAAAGUGUCUACUGAAAAGUUUCCAGGACUAAGGGAACCCUCUCCAACCACGCCUCCCACAUCUGCCCCAGCCACGUCUUCACCUACAUUCUCAGCGGCAUCCGGCUACUCAGCAUCAUCGGGUACCAGUGAGGUCAAGGCCGAUGGUGCAAAGAAAAUGACAGUUCAUAUCAGAAACGUGAAAGGUGAUGUGGCUUUCGAAGUUCUUUGCGAUCCCAGCUGGACCACUUCUCGUUUUCGAGAAAAAGCUCUGGAGAAAGCUCCUUCUGGCUUUGCUGACUCUGGCUGUGUAUGUGUUUUUGCCAUGAAGGGCAAAUUUCUUGCAGAGUCGCAGACGGAGACGUUGGAACAAAUGGGGGUGCAAGAUGGUACCCAGCUCAUUGCAGUGGUCAAGUCGCUGCCUCAGCAGUGUUGGAGAUUUCUGGGCACUCAAACGUCUAUUCAUCAGAGCCCGAAUUCCAGGGAACUCCUCAACCACUAUCAACCUUUCGCAGCCAUUUAGUUCGUCCAAAAAACUUCCAGAGUGGCCUCCUUCAUAACGGCCUUCGGCCUUCAGCAAUAUCCUGUCAUGUUGGUUUCCCACUUUCAUAUCAUCACUAUGGAAGGCCGAGGAGUUCCUCAAUGCGGUGACAGAGUAUCUUCAAAAGAUUGAGACGACGGGUCCAUUGGCAAUGUGUUUUCCAGAUAGACAAGACGUCUGUCAAAUGCUGCUGGACUUCGAAUGACGUAGCCACGAGAGCCUGGUGAAGAUGUGGC